CACGGCAAUUGACAACCAUUCAUCAGCCUAAUAUAGUCUGAAAGCGCCGUCAAGAUGGCUUUCUUAGCAUACUCCACGUUUUACGGGUGGAGCCGCACACACGAUGAACUUUGGAGAUCUAGAGGAACGGGACGUUCAUCGGAAUCAUCCCCAAACGGCUGAUCUUCCUGUCACUCCUCUUGAUGCCCGACUUCUUGACUUUCGCACUCCUUCGUUUUCCUCGACCGUCUCCAACACCCCUGUGACGGUGGUCCGGUGGGAAACUCCUCCCUCACGAAUUAGGACACCCGAAAGCAGCCAGGAAGAUCUCGGCCAGGAAAAUUUCAAACGCCACAGCGAACAUUUUUCGAUUGGCAUCAAUGAAUCUGCACAUGCUUCUGAUGAACCGUUGGUUAUGCAGUCCGAGGAGGAGCCGGUCAGGAGCGGCGAGGUGGAAGUUGCAACGAUGGAGAGGGCUGAAAUCGACGUGGAUUCAAGCCCUCCAACGCCAAGCGUAGACGAUACGCCGUAUAUACGAUUUGCUCUCGAUCAAUUGACUCGAGAUGAAGAGGUCGGCAUCUCUCCAGGCCGCUUGAUAACUGGGCCAAGCACAUAUGCCUAUCCAGUCGAGCCGCCGGUGCGAGAUCAAGGUCUUGAUUAUUACAACGACAAACGACUCGCGAGGGAAUCUAUCAGGAAACACCGCUCCUCUUCCUCGUCAGAUCCAGAGCCAUUAUUCCGAUUCAAUGCGACGAGACCGCUCUCACCCGCCUCGGACAGAUCUCCUGGCCCGGAGAUGUUCAUUCCUGUCCAGCCUCCAAUGCGUUCUUCACGAUACCCGCCGCUUAUGUUUGUACCAACAAUUUUACGAGCGACUUCGAUGAUUACUUUAUCAUUAUUAUGUCUCAUGAUGAUAGCUGCACUUAUGUUCUGCGCUAUCUAUUCGUCCCACCAUCAAGGCCUUGUUGGCUGGUCUGAUGGUAUAUGGGGCGGUUUGUAUUUUAUCUUCGGGUUUCUGCCGCAAGUCCUGGCUGCGGUCAUACUGCUAUAUGUCCAAGGUGUUGUGUCCGCUAUUACGAGAAUUAUGCCUUACGCCCUAAUGGCCAUGAAUGAUGCGGAUAGCAGAACAAAGGCUCUGUUUCUGGGAAUAUAUCCGAAAUGUUUUUUAUGGCCGAGAUUGGAUGGCCCGGGGAGUAUUGGUGUUGCCAAUGUGUUCUUCUGGCUCACGAUUUUCACGAUACCACUACAGGGCUGUUUGUUCGCGGUCAUUCCUGUAGGAGGGGGAUGGCGUUGGGCAGCUGUUCAAGGUGUCGCCUGGACGCUUGUUGCCAUAUAUGUGCUUGUUUUGGUUGCAACGGUUAUAUCGGGUGUGUUUUUCUUUCGGCGCACUACUGGGUUAUUGUGGGAUCCUCGAUCAUUGGCAGACUUGGUUGUGCUUUUGCCUGGAAGCAAUAGUCUAAAGGACUACCCUGGGACGGAGGUUAUGAGAAACAGAAAACAGAUUGAGGAGAGGUUGGCCAUGAGGAGUGAUCGACUGGGCUAUUGGAAGACACAAGAUCCAGCACAAGGAAUAUUCUAUUGUGUUGGUGAAGAAGGGACAUCCACACGGCGGUAUACUUUGGCAGCUGGCAAGAUUCACGAGAAACCUUCCAACGAUGAUGGGUUUGAACCCUACCAGUCAUCAGACGUCGAAAUAGCUGCAGACUUGUACAGCAGGGCUACACGCUUCCGAUAUAUCCCCCGGCAACUGCGCGAUGCAACCAUUAUUUUCUGGUCUAUCACGGCAUUCAUCCUCCUUCUCGCCUUGAUUAUCAUAUCAUUUCUGCCUUCCACUGCCAUUCGCCAUGGAUUUUUGCCACUAGUGCCUGCAGCGCCAGAUUCUCAGGGGUUCUCGCCAGCCAACUUCCUGUACAGCUUUGUACCUUCGGUUAUUGGUAUGCUCCUCUACCUUCUCUUCCAACCUUUGGAUAUGGGUCUACGCAAACUUCAACCUUGGGCAGAGCUUGGGAAUACGGACGGCACUACGGCAAAAAGAUCGCUCCUUCUCGACUACACUGCCGACCUUCCGAUCGAGUGCACCCUGAAGGCCUUACGGAGAGGUCACUACCGAGUGGCUAUCGUAUCGCUCUUGUCAUUCCUGUUUAUACUCCUUCCCCUGCUCGCAGGUGGAUUAUUCUUCCCUCUCACGAUAUCCAACGACGUCCGUAUGAUGCCCAACCUGCCAUCAUUCUACAUACUUCUCGCGGUCCUGAUUCUCUACCUCAUCGGCCUCCUCAUCUUGAUCCCAAACCGUCACCAAAUGCGUCUUCCUCACUCUGUCGACUGCCUUGCAGAGAUUUUCAGCUUUGUCUAUAACAGCGGAAUCUUGACUGACGCAGCGUUCAAUUCGCCACCAACCAAGUCAGACUUAAUUACGAGAUUGAUGGCCUUGAGUGCAACUGGUUAUGAAUCCAGAUAUGCAUUCGGAAUCUAUAGAGGGCGAAACGGAAAGGAGUCACUCGGGAUCGAGAGGAUUGGCCGAAGAGGCGCACAGCAAGUGUUGGUCCUGAGCGGGAGGUGAGACACGAUUAAUGAUUUUGAUAUUAAUGACUGCUGCGGGUUUAGCGAUACUGAGUUUAGGUGUUCCGGGAUAUGAGCGACGUAUGGUUUGAUGAAUUUCACGAUAGACUGUAACAUAGGUAUAUUACUGUACGAUCUA